GGCACGCUGACCUGCGAGCUGCAGGACUGCCCCUUCUGCGCCAGCCUGCUGGAGGAUCCCGAGUUCGCCUUCAGCGAGUCCGACAGCUGCGACUCCGACAGCAACGGCGUGUACGAGUUCACCCAGGACCUGCGGCACGGUGACCGCAGGGACCAGCUCCAGCAGCAGAGGGGCAGGAGGAGGAGGAAGAAGAAAAAACCCAAGGAGAGGAACAAGGUGACCCGCCUGUGGAAGGCUUUCGGCAGCAAGCUGAAGAGGAUCGUGGAGAGCAAGUACUUCAACCGGGGCAUUAUGAUCGCCAUUCUCAUCAACACGCUGAGCAUGGGCAUCGAGUACCAUGAGCAGCCGGAUGAGUUGACCAACGCCUUGGAGAUCAGUAACAUCGUCUUCACAAGCAUGUUUGCCCUGGAGAUGCUCCUGAAACUCCUUGCCUUUGGCAUCUUCGGCUACAUCAAGAACCCGUACAACAUCUUUGAUGGAAUCAUAGUUGUCAUCAGCGUCUGGGAGAUCAUCGGCCAGUCGGACGGAGGCCUCUCCGUGCUACGAACGUUUCGGCUGCUCCGGGUGCUGAAACUGGUGCGUUUCAUGCCCGCCCUCCGUCGCCAGCUGGUGGUCCUGAUGAAGACGAUGGACAACGUAGCCACCUUCUGCAUGCUGCUCAUGCUCUUCAUCUUUAUCUUCAGCAUUCUCGGCAUGCAUCUUUUUGGAUGCAAGUUCAGCCUGAAAACUGAUACGGGAGACACAGUUCCAGAUAGAAAGAAUUUUGAUUCCUUACUUUGGGCUAUUGUGACUGUAUUUCAGAUCCUCACUCAAGAGGACUGGAACGUGGUCCUGUACAAUGGAAUGGCAUCUACAUCCUCGUGGGCAGCCCUCUACUUCGUGGCCCUGAUGACUUUUGGCAAUUACGUGCUCUUCAACCUUCUUGUUGCCAUUCUCGUAGAAGGCUUCCAGGCAGAGGGUGAUGCCAAUAGGUCAGACACAGAUGAGGACAAGACAUCUGCCAACUUCGAUGAUGAUUUUGAGAAGCUGAAGGAUCUCCGAGCAACAGAGAUGAAGAUGUACUCACUUGCCAUCACCCCAAACGGACACCUGGAGGGCAGGGGAAGCAUGCCACCUCCUAUAAUCAUGCGCACUGCUGCCACCCCAAUGCCUACGCCGAAGUGUUCCCCUCACAUGGAUUCAGUGCACACUUUUGUGGACUCGAGGAGAGGGAGUAACGCUUCGCUAGACCCCUUGAGCUACGAUCAGAAGUCCUUGUCCAGCCUCCGCAGUUCUCCUUGCGCCAACUGGGGCACCAACAGCAACUGGGGAAGCCGACGCUCGAGCUGGAAUAGCCUAGGCAGAGCCCCGAGCCUCAAGAAGAAGAAUCAGUCGGGAGAAAGAGAGUCCUUGCUCUCAGGGGAGGGAAAAGGCAGCACAGACGAUGAUUCCGAUGACGCCAAGUCCAGCACGGUGAGCAGGCACUCCUUGCACCACCGGGCAGAGUCCCUGGAGUACCGCAGCUCUCUGGACCUGCCGGAGCUCCCCGUGGCCGUUCUGCCUGCCGAGUACCAAGACUGCAAUGGCAAGAUGGUUCAUGUCCCCAGCGAGUUCUUCCUGCGUGUCGACGGCCACAAGGAAGAUGCCGUGGACUAUGAGGAUGACAUGGAAGAUAGUUACUGCUACCGGAUUCGUAAAGCCCUGGAGCCCUACAAACCGCAGUGGUGCAAGAGUCAUGAAGACUGGUCCCUCUACUUGUUUUCCCCACAGAAUCGGUUCCGAGUGAUGUGCCAGAAGGUCAUUGCUCACAAAAUGUUUGACCACGUGGUACUGGUCUUCAUAUUUCUCAACUGCAUCACAAUAGCUCUGGAGCGACCGGACAUAGACCCACACAGCACGGAAAGAAUAUUCCUAAGUGUUUCUAACUACAUCUUCACUGCAAUCUUUGUGGCUGAAAUGAUGGUUAAGGUGGUAGCUCUCGGCUUUUUCUCUGGGGAGAACACCUAUCUUCAGAGCAGCUGGAAUGUUCUGGAUGGAGUCCUCGUUUUUGUAUCUAUCAUUGACAUUAUUGUCUCCAUGGCAUCGGCAGGCGGAGCUAAGAUCCUGGGUGUCCUUCGCGUUCUGAGACUUCUGCGGACCUUGAGACCUCUCCG